GAAAGUUCAAUUUCGCAUGGCGGACGUGCAAGUGGGUGCUGUUAUUUGUUAGUGAUAAUUUUCAAUAAUUUAACUCAUUGUGGUUCCUUAUGGAAAGAGUAAUUCUAAUGCUUGUAUUUCUUUGUGGUCGUGCAUUAUUUAUUCCUUAACGGUUGAUGAUGUUAUAUAGUUGUUUAUAGUUUUAUUGUGUGAACUGCAUACCAUUUUUCAUAAAAAUGGGAAAAUGUGACGAAGCCAAUGUCGAAGUUAGUAUGGGGGACUCAGCGUCCCCCAUGAAACCGGAUAAUUUCACCUUUACGGUGCCCCCUGAGGCUCCUGUCUUCGAGCCUACCCCAGAGGAGUUCCUGGAUCCUCUGGCAUACAUCAGUAAAAUAAGGCCAAUCGCCGAGAAGUCAGGGAUCUGCAAGAUAAAACCACCAGCGCACUGGCAGCCGCCAUUCGCGGUGGACGUAGAUCGACUCCGGUUCACGCCUCGCAUCCAGCGCCUCAACGAGUUGGAGGCCAUCACCCGGGUCAAGUUAAACUUCCUGGACCAAAUCAUCAAGUUCUGGGAGCUGCAGGGCUCCGUGCUGAAGAUCCCCACUGUCGAGAGGAAGCCCCUCGACCUUUAUGCAUUGCACAAGAUCGUUCGUGAAGCUGGCGGCUUCGAAGUCUGUUCCGCGGAGCGCAAAUGGUCGAAGAUCGCGCGUCGCAUGGGCCACCCCCAGGGCAAAGGAAUCGGCUCAAUCCUCAAGAGCCACUACGAACGCAUCCUCUAUCCUUACGACGUAUUCAAGAGCAGCGGCGUAUCUGGCGACAACAAGGAGACUAAAAUCGAAGUAAAAACGGAGCAGACUCCAGAAAAAGCCAACAGUACUGGCCGAAGCCGCUCCGCCAGCAAGGGCCCGCCGGCCGCCGCCACGCCGCCGCCGGCGCGCCGCUACGAGCCCGCCCAGCCUGAAGGCGCCGCGCCGCCCGCGCCGCCCGCCCCCCGCACGCCUGUCAAGCAGGAGCCGCCCGCGCAGGAUACUAGGAGGAGUCCCCGCGAGAACAAAUGGAUGUCAGCGGCGGGAUCGUGCGGCGGGCGCGCGCGUGUGACCCGCUCCACGCGCCUGCGCGAACACCGCAUGUCCAACAUGACGGUGUCUGUUACGCCUGCACCUAAUGCGCCACAUCUGCCCCACCCAGACGACCCGCACCGCAUGCCCAACAUGACGGUGUCCGUCACGCCCGCGCCUAACGCGCCACAUCUGCCUCAUCCUGAUGACCCUGUAAGUGUACCCCCUACAGACGACCCGGUAAGACAUUGGACACUCGUCAGCUCAUCAGAGUAUCUAGUAGAUGCGACGUGUGAGCACCGCAUGUCCAACAUGACGGUGUCUGUUACGCCCGCGCCUAAUGCGCCACAUCUGCCCCACCCAGACGACCCGCUCGCCAAGUACAUGUGCCACGUGUGCGGGCGCGGCGACAUCGAGGAGCAAAUGCUGCUGUGCGACGGCUGCGACGACUCCUACCACACCUUCUGCCUCGUGCCGCCGCUGGCCGACGUGCCCAAGGGCGACUGGCGGUGCCCCGUGUGCCUGGCCGAGGAGGUAUCAAAGCCGGCAGAGGCGUUCGGCUUCGAGCAAGCGUCGCGGGAAUACACGCUGCAGCAGUUCGGAGAAAUGGCUGACCAGUUCAAGUCUGAUUACUUCAAUAUGCCCGUACACAUGGUGCCCACGUCGACGGUGGAGAAGGAAUUUUGGCGCGUGGUGUCGUCCAUCGACGAGGACGUCACGGUCGAGUACGGCGCCGAUCUGCACUCCAUGGACCAUGGAUCUGGCUUCCCGACCAAGUCGAGCGCUCACCUGUACCCGGGCGAACAACAGUAUGCGGAGUGCAGCUGGAACCUCAACAACCUGCCCGUGCUCGAGGGCUCGGUACUCGGACACAUCAACGCCGACAUCUCUGGGAUGAAGGUCCCCUGGCUAUACGUGGGCAUGUGCUUCGCGACGUUCUGCUGGCACAACGAGGACCACUGGAGCUACUCCAUCAACUACUUGCACUGGGGAGAACCGAAGACCUGGUACGGAGUUCCAAGCUCGAAGGCGGAGCAGUUCGAGGCCGCUAUGAAGUCGGAGGCGCCCGAGCUGUUCCAGCUGCAGCCCGACCUGCUGCACCAGCUCGUCACCAUCAUGAACCCCAACGUGCUCAUGAAGGCGGGCGUGCCCGUGUUCAGAACGGACCAACACGCGGGCGAAUUCGUGAUCACGUUCCCGCGCGCGUAUCACGCGGGUUUCAACCAGGGGUACAACUUCGCUGAAGCCGUCAACUUUACACCGGCUGACUGGCUAAAAAUGGGUCGCGAGUGCAUCGCGCACUACUCCACGCUCCGUCGCUACUGCGUGUUCUCUCACGACGAGUUAGUGUGCAAGAUGGCGCUGGAGGCCAAUGCCCUCAGCGUCACCGUGGCGCUGGCCGCAUACAGGGACAUGCGGACCAUGCUGCACGACGAGCGGAAGCUGCGGAAGGGACUGCUCGACUGGGGCGUGACGGAAGCGGAGCGCGAAGCCUUCGAGUUGUUACCAGACGACGAGCGACAGUGCCACCUGUGCAAGACCACGUGCUUCCUGUCGUGCGUGACGUGCGCGUGCACGCCGCACGUGGCGUGCCUGCGCCACUACCAAGAGCUGUGCGACUGCGCGCCGCAUCUGCACCGCCUCAGAUACCGCUACACCCUGGACGAACUGCCAGCCAUGCUGGAUAAGCUAAAGAAGAAGUCGGAACUGUUCCGGGAAUGGGCUGAAGCAGUUCAGAAUGCCCUGGACCCAGACACGCCCAAGACUUGCGACCUGGACGGACUGCGCGCGCACUUGAAGAAGGCUCACGAUCUGAAGAUGCAUAAAACGGAUCUCGUCCGCGCGUUAGAAACGGCGAUUGAAGACGCUGAGAAAUGCGCCAGCGUCAUACAGCAGCUUGACCUCAACAAGAUGCGAACCCGCACCCGCCACCACGACCCGAAGUACCGCCUCACUAUUCACGAGCUGACGCUGUUCGCAGCCGAAAUCGAUGGGCUGGCGUGUGUGUUGCCGGAAGGGUCGGCAGUAAAAGAGGUGCUCCGACAAACAGCGGAGUUCGAGACUCGCGCCGCGGAGCUAUUGAACCAGGAUUUGGACAAGGUUGAUGCUUCCAGCGUUAGGGAGCUGGAAGAGGUGGUAGAACUAGGCUCGCGGCUCUGCAUCGUACUGCCGCAACUAGCUCCGCUGCAGGCUCGCUUGCAGCAAGCUCGCUUCUUGCAGGACGUCAGCACACACCGUGAGGACAGCUCGGGACUCACGCCCGAGGUCAUCGACAGGUUGCUAGAAGAUGCCUCUCGCGUGUUGCCUCAUCACCAAAUAGAGACUGAACGCGCCGCGCUCUGCAAACUCAAAGCCCAAGUAGAAGAGUGGGAGGAGCGCGCGCGUGCCCUACUAAUCGACACAUCAAAAGCUCGCGACAGCUCGGGCUCCGCCCCUGGUGAAGGCGCGGGCUCCGACGGGAAUCCGCCCUACACCACGCUUGGGCAGUUGGCAGCAUUACUGUCAGCCGCAGAGCGUAUCGAUGCGGCGCUGCCUUCGCAUCACGCGUUGCAUUCGGCGGCGCAGCAUGCAAGGGAUUGGCUGGCUAAGGUGGAAGAGAUGCAGUCCAAAGACCUGUACCCAUACAUGCACAGCGUGGAGGCGCUAGUUCGUCGCGGGCAGCAGAUACCACUCGCUUUGUUCGAGAAGGACCAGCUGGCUUCCGCGCUGCAGUCUGCGCGGGAGUGGAAGCGAGGCGCGGCUGAGAUGUUUCUCAAGAAGAUAAUAAUGUACUUCAACCCCUUAGAACUGGCCGUACUCUCUCCUCGAAGCGCUAUCACCGCGCACAGAAUCCGUCAGCGGAGCCCGACGCCGGUCCCGCCCGCCAGCCGCCGAGCCUCCGCCCUCCUCGCUCGAGGCCGGGCUGUUCCUGCGACACUUCAGCGAGGACUCCACGCCCAGCGAGAUCGUGGGCGCCUUCAAGCAGGCCGAGAGCAGGGAGCUGACGGCCAUCAAGCUGCUGCGGUGAGUGUCGCGUCUGUUGUCGGAGCCGCCUCCUCGCUCGAGGCCGGGCUGUUCCUGCGACACUUCAGCGAGGACUCCACGCCCAGCGAGAUCGUGGGCGCCUUCAAGCAGGCCGAGAGCAGGGAGCUGACGGCCAUCAAGCUGCUGCGCGAGGACUCCACGCCCAGCGAGAUCGUGGGCGCCUUCAAGCAGGCCGAGAGCAGGGAGCUGACGGCCAUCAAGCUGCUGCGCGAGGACUCCACGCCCAGCGAGAUCGUGGGCGCCUUCAAGCAGGCCGAGAGCAGGGAGCUGACGGCCAUCAAGCUGCUGCGCGAGGACUCCACGCCCAGCGAGAUCGUGGGCGCCUUCAAGCAGGCCGAGAGCAGGGAGCUGACGGCCAUCAAGCUGCUGCGCGAGGACUCCACGCCCAGCGAGAUCGUGGGCGCCUUCAAGCAGGCCGAGAGCAGGGAGCUGACGGCCAUCAAGCUGCUGCGCGAGGACUCCACGCCCAGCGAGAUCGUGGGCGCCUUCAAGCAGGCCGAGAGCAGGGAGCUGACGGCCAUCAAGCUGCUGCGCGAGGACUCCACGCCCAGCGAGAUCGUGGGCGCCUUCAAGCAGGCCGAGAGCAGGGAGCUGACGGCCAUCAAGCUGCUGCGCGAGGACUCCACGCCCAGCGAGAUCGUGGGCGCCUUCAAGCAGGCCGAGAGCAGGGAGCUGACGGCCAUCAAGCUGCUGCGCGAGGACUCCACGCCCAGCGAGAUCGUGGGCGCCUUCAAGCAGGCCGAGAGCAGGGAGCUGACGGCCAUCAAGCUGCUGCGUGUCGCGUCUGUUGGAGCCGCCUCCUCGCUCGAGGCCGGGCUGUUCCUGCGCCACUUCAGCGAGGACUCCACGCCCAGCGAGAUCGUGGGCGCCUUCAAGCAGGCCGAGAGCAGGGAGCUGACGGCCAUCAAGCUGCUGCGCGAGGACUCCACGCCCAGCGAGAUCGUGGGCGCCUUCAAGCAGGCCGAGAGCAGGGAGCUGACUGCCAUCAAGCUGCUGCGCGAGGACUCCACGCCCAGCGAGAUCGUGGGCGCCUUCAAGCAGGCCGAGAGCAGGGAGCUGACGGCCAUCAAGCUGCUGCGCGAGGACUCCACGCCCAGCGAGAUCGUGGGCGCCUUCAAGCAGGCCGAGAGCAGGGAGCUGACGGCCAUCAAGCUGCUGCGCGAGGACUCCACGCCCAGCGAGAUCGUGGGCGCCUUCAAGCAGGCCGAGAGCAGGGAGCUGACGGCCAUCAAGCUGCUGCGCGAGGACUCCACGCCCAGCGAGAUCGUGGGCGCCUUCAAGCAGGCCGAGAGCAGGGAGCUGACUGCCAUCAAGCUGCUGCGCGAGGACUCCACGCCCAGCGAGAUCGUGGGCGCCUUCAAGCAGGCCGAGAGCAGGGAGCUGACGGCCAUCAAGCUGCUGCGCGAGGACUCCACGCCCAGCGAGAUCGUGGGCGCCUUCAAGCAGGCCGAGAGCAGGGAGCUGACGGCCAUCAAGCUGCUGCGCGAGGACUCCACGCCCAGCGAGAUCGUGGGCGCCUUCAAGCAGGCCGAGAGCAGGGAGCUGACGGCCAUCAAGCUGCUGCGCGAGGACUCCACGCCCAGCGAGAUCGUGGGCGCCUUCAAGCAGGCCGAGAGCAGGGAGCUGACGGCCAUCAAGCUGCUGCGCGAGGACUCCACGCCCAGCGAGAUCGUGGGCGCCUUCAAGCAGGCCGAGAGCAGGGAGCUGACGGCCAUCAAGCUGCUGCGCGAGGACUCCACGCCCAGCGAGAUCGUGGGCGCCUUCAAGCAGGCCGAGAGCAGGGAGCUGACGGCCAUCAAGCUGCUGCGCGAGGACUCCACGCCCAGCGAGAUCGUGGGCGCCUUCAAGCAGGCCGAGAGCAGGGAGCUGACGGCCAUCAAGCUGCUGCGCGAGGACUCCACGCCCAGCGAGAUCGUGGGCGCCUUCAAGCAGGCCGAGAGCAGGGAGCUGACGGCCAUCAAGCUGCUGCGCGAGGACUCCACGCCCAGCGAGAUCGUGGGCGCCUUCAAGCAGGCCGAGAGCAGGGAGCUGACUGCCAUCAAGCUGCUGCGCGAGGACUCCACGCCCAGCGAGAUCGUGGGCGCCUUCAAGCAGGCCGAGAGCAGGGAGCUGACGGCCAUCAAGCUGCUGCGUGUCGCGUCUGUUGGAGCCGCCUCCUCGCUCGAGGCCGGGCUGUUCCUGCGCCACUUCAGCGAGGACUCCACGCCCAGCGAGAUCGUGGGCGCCUUCAAGCAGGCCGAGAGCAGGGAGCUGACGGCCAUCAAGCUGCUGCGUGUCGCGUCUGUUGUCGGAGCCGCCUCCUCGCUCGAGGCCGGGCUGUUCCUGCGCCACUUCAGCGAGGACUCCACGCCCAGCGAGAUCGUGGGCGCCUUCAAGCAGGCCGAGAGCAGGGAGCUGACGGCCAUCAAGCUGCUGCGAGCCAAGAACAUGCGCAAAGAAGUGCGCGCGGCGCCGACGCUCGGCGUGACGUACUGCGUGUGCCAGAAACGCCAGUACGGCGUCAUGAGCCAGUGCGAGCUGUGCAAGGACUGGUUCCACGCGGCCUGCAUAGCAUCCAAUAAAGAAGAGAGGGCGGAGUCCCCUGACCGAGUCGAGCUGCCCUUCCCGCGGCCCGAGCCCAAGUUCCUGUGUCCCGAUUGUACACGAACUAAGCGCCCGCGACUCGACCGAAUACUGGCGCUGUUGGUGUGGCUACAAAAGCUGCCAGUGCGACUAGCAGAAGGAGAAGCGUUACAGUGCGUGACGGAACGCGCCAUGGCGUGGCAGGACGCUGCGCGUGCGUUGCUCGCUAGCCCUGCGCUUGCUGCCUUGCCCGCGCACGCUGAACGCCCGCAGACCAACAGAGAAAAAUCGGACAAACUAAAUGCAGAACUAAAGAAAGCUACAGGAAGAGCGCAUGAUGUAUCACAAAAUUCAAGAUCGUCGGCAUCAGUAGAGCACGCGUAUAGCGCAACACCGCGCUCGCCCGGCGCUCGCGUCGCUCCCGGUUUGCUCCACAAGCUCGAAGAACUUAUGUUGGAGGGAGACUUGCUGGAGGUCCGGUUAGAAGAACAGGCGCAGGUAUGGGCUUGCGUUUGCGCCGCCCGCGGAGCGGAGACACGCCGCGCGCGCGUGGACGCCGGCCGCCGCAAGAGGGCGCAGCGCCCGCCCCGCCCCCACCACCAGCUCAAGAGGGGCAGGGCUGCGCACGCGCUCUCACCGGCUGCCUCGCACGUACCUCAUCUACAAGAGGGCGCAGCGCCCGCCCCGCCCCCACCACCAGCUCAAGAGGGGCAGGGCUGCGCACGCGCUCUCACCGGCUGCCUCACACGUGCCACACCUGACCUGAGGAUACAGCGCCGCGUGCGCACUCUCGUGACGUAUGAGACACGCCGCGCGCGCGUGGACGCCGGCCGCCGCAAGAGGCCGCAGCGCCCGCCCCGCCCCCACCACCAGCUCAAGAGGGGCAGGGCUGCGCACGCGCUCUCACCGGCCGCCUCGCACGCUAGUGACCUGAGGAUACAGCGCCGCGUGCGCACUCUCGUGACGUAUGAGACACGCCGCGCGCGCGUGGACGCCGGCCGCCGCAAGAGGCCGCAGCGCCCGCCCCGCCCCCACCACCAGCUCAAGAGGGGCAGGGCUGCGCACGCGCUCUCACCGGCUGCCUCGCACGUACCUCAUCUACUUACGCUACAUGAGCUGUGUGACGUCACGCGCUCUCCUCGAACGAACAAGGCUAGUGACCUGAGGAUACAGCGCCGCGUGCGCACUCUCGUGACGUAUGAGACACGCCGCGCGCGCGUGGACGCCGGCCGCCGUAAAUACCCACGCUACAUGAGCUGUGCUAGUGACCUGAGGAUACAGCGCCGCGUGCGCACUCUCGUGACGUAUGAGACACGCCGCGCGCGCGUGGACGCCGGCCGCCGCAAGAGGGCGCAGCGCCCGCCCCGCCCCCACCACCAGCUCAAGAGGGGCAGGGCUGCCCACGCGCUCUCGCCGGCCGCCUCGCACGUGCCGCACCUACUUACGCUACAUGAGCUGUGUGACGUCACGCGCUCUCGAACGAACAAGGCUAGUGACCUGAGGAUACAGCGCCGCGUGUUCACUCUCGUGACGUAUGAGACACGGCGCGCGCGCGUGGACGCCGGCCGCCGCAAGAGGGCGCAGCGCCCGCCCCGCCCCCACCACCAGCUCAAGAGGGGCAGGGCUGCGCACGCGCUCUCACCGGCUGCCUCGCACGUACCUCAUCCUACGACGGCACCAAAAACGACGUUAAAACGAGGCUCGGCCACGACGACGAAUUAUCUCAACAGAAAACAAGGCAUGUCGUCGGGCUCGGGCCUGAUGAUGCGCAAGCACUAUAUGGCGCGCCAAGAGCGCCGCAAGCGAGGAUUAGCAGCUUCCACCCGCGGAAAGCACCCACGUCAAGCCAGACUCGGCCAGCCACGCGGCGGUUCUCGCGCGGGCGCGGCGGCGCCGCGGCGUCGCAGCAGCAGCUCGUCGUCCUCCGCCGACGACGAUGAAGACUGCGCCGCCGCCGACUGCUUGCGUCCUACCGGCAAAGAAGUAGACUGGGUGCAGUGCGACGGCGGCUGUGACCAGUGGUUCCACAUGCACUGCGUCGGACUCAGUCGCGGCGCGCUGCGGGAAGACGACGACUACGUCUGCGGCUCCUGCGCGGCCCGCCCGCGACACUGAGUUGCGUUGCGGUGCGAUGCGGCGCGUGCGCAAGUGGGUUAGACUAGACUGGACUGUUGCGGAUGCUGUGGCGAUGGUUGAUUGUUGGUUGGGAUGUCGCAACUGUUGAUAGUGUAAAAAGUGGUAAUUUUAUUGAUAACUUGCGAUGAUAUUUUGAAAAUUAUAAAUAACUAGAAAAAUUCGAACUGCCUAAGGCGGGAAUUGAACGCACGACCUUCCAAUAGUUUGAAAUGCGACUCUUAACGCUAAAAAUUAAAUAACUAUUGCGAUAAUAUUGAUAGUAGACCAGUAGGCCUAAGAUUCGCGCCGCGAUAAGCGGUUAUCACGCCAUUUUAUCGAUUUUGCCCAUACAUUUUGACGUCGAUAAAAGUUAUCACGGCGCGCAUCUUAGGCCUACUGCAGGGCUACUACGAAACGCCGUCUACGUAGUUUCGGGUCUAUCUGUCACUGUCGCUCAUGCUGGCAUCUCGCUUUGCGCAAGAAGGAUGACAACAUUCGAAACUUUGGAUAACGUUUUCGGAGUAUCCCCGCAGCUCCCCUCUACAACAACUAAGUAAUAUUUAUAACAGAUUCAAUUCUGCGAUGGUUCUGCCGUUAUUCCCUCGAGUAAGACGGAGUUAAAGAUCCUCUGAAGGACCUUCAGUUGUUUGAAAGCCAUCCUAAUCUCGUAUAGGCUGAUGUCCGGGAUAUCUUCGGUAUAAUGUCAAUUUUUCUAUCACUUCUGGGUGUAUCUUAUGUGGGAGGGAAUAAGUUACGUUUAGAAAAAGGAUAUGAUGUGAUUUUGGAAUUAUGCACAAAUCAUUGAGUUACUCUGUCUAGUGAGGCACUAAGAGAAAUAAUAUCGAUAACUUAACGAUUUUCAUACUUAAAUGCUAUCAAUACUGCUAGUUAUUAUGUGUAUUACCACAUUUUGCACUAUCGAUACUUCAUUCGAUAUUCUGACAAUAGUUAAUCGAUUGUAAACUAUCGAGCAGCAUCUUUAUCCGUUGUCUUUAUUACACGCAGCGAUACCGUUGUGAAAUAUCACGGCUACUGACAAUUUAAUGAAUUGUAUUAUCGACGGUGAAGUGCCAAUACCUUCUAACCGAUAAUAUAUUUAAAAUAUUUUUAAGUAUAUUAUUUUGGUAUGGACUCUGCGUGAUACUAAAUUAUCGAUUUAAAAGAGUAUUUACUCUAACACAUUGUGUACUAGCUUUGUAAAGAAAAAAUGGGAGUAUAACAUUUUUGCUUAGUACAGAAAAAAGUUCAUUAAUUUAGAUUACAAGAAGGGCUCUUCUACACCCAAGUUAAUGGGCCAAAUGUUAUUCUACCAUUUUUUCAAUAAACCCAAUCAAAGUCGAAACUUUUUAAGUUCUUGUUGCGCAUAUCACAUGACAGCAUCACCACAGGAUAUAUCGUAAGAACGAUGAUAAAAUAACAGAGUAUUUCAAAUAAAAACUGACUGAAGUGUGAAGUGAAUCGUGAUAAUCACUGUUCAUCGUUAAGAGUAACUUGGCCAAGGAUGCGCGCCGCGAUAAGUUUUUAUCGCGCCAUUUUAUCGAUUUUACGUGAUAGGCCCAUACGUUUACCGUCUAAUCGAUAAGAUUUUGUCACGGCGCGCAUCCUAGCCUGGCUGCAAUGUAUAAUCGUCUCAUUUAUAAGUAAUAUUUUGAUCAAUAUUGUUGAGUUGUUCGUUCGUCCAUUUUCUUUCUAUAGGGAACCACUGAUGGAAAUGAUUCAAGUAUGUAACAAUGUAUGUACAAUUGUAUACUUAGAUAAAUAAUUUUGUAUCGGACUUAAUGAGUUUGUCUUCUAAGACGUGGGGUGUGAUUUUGAUAUUGUAAAGUACUGUAAGAAUGCAAAUAAAAUUUCUGAUAUAGUGAAAA